AUGGACGCAGACCCGGGACAGGUGCUGGGGGCAGUCGGUCCAGGUGGCCGCGGGAACGCGGCGCGACGGGGUGGCCAGGCUCCUGGGAGCGGGCGAGGCCGCGCCCUGCAGAAGAGGGCCCUGGUCCCUCCCUGGGCCAGGCCAGGGUGGACCUGGAGAGGCGGUCUGGACCGGCUUUCACUCUGCUGCUCUCCCCCCUUCAGCAUCUGUAAAGUGACUCACUUCAGGCGAGUGCAGAAUGUCCACACGGGCCUCGACCUGGCCGUGCCGCAGCACCAGGAGGUGCGGGGCAAGAUGAUGUCCGGCCAUGUGGAGUACCAGAUCCUGGUGGUCACCCGGCUGGCUGCGUUCAAGGCAGCCAAGCACAGGCCUGAGGAUGUCGUCCAGUUCCUGGUCUCCAAGAAGUACAGUGAGAUCGAGGAGUUUUACCAGAAACUGAGCAGUCGUUACCCAGAGUCCAGCCUCCCCCCACUCCCCAGGAAGGUCCUGUUUGUUGGAGAGUCCGACAUCCGGGAAAGGAGAGCCCUGUUCAACGAGAUUCUGCGCUGCAUCGCCAAGGAUGCUGAACUGGCUAGCAGCCCGGAGCUGCUGGAAUUCCUAGGCACCAGAUCCCCAGGGUCCGCAGACCUCACCAGCAGAGAUGUCUCUGUCCUGGACACGGACAGCCGGGCAGGGGAUGAGGAGGAGCCUUUCGACUUCUUCCAGCAGCAGGAACGCGCUGAGGGGCCGCCCACCCCAGGCCAGAAGGGUGAUGAUGAAGAGAAGUCCUCGGAGGAGGAGGCCCUGGACCCGCUGGGCAUCAUGCGCUCCAAGAAGCCCAAAAAACGCCCUGAAGUAGCUGUGAAGCCCAGACCCUCACCCCGGCUCACCCUCUUUGAUGAGGAGGUGGACCCUGACGAGGGGCUCUUCAGCCCGAGCAGGAAGCUCUCCGCUCAGGGCCCCGCAGAGGACUCAUCCCCCAGGGACCCCCUGAAGUUGUUUGAUGAUCCUGACCUUGGUGGGGCCGUCCCCCUGGGUGACCCGUUACUGCUGCCGGCAGCAUGUGAGAGUGGAGGGCCUACGCCCCGCCUGGGCCACAGAGAGGCCUCCGAGGAGCUGUUCAGAGUCGAAGAGGACUUGGACCAGAUUCUGAACCUGGGGUCUGAGACCAAACCCCAGCCCCUGCCUAAGCCCAAGCCGCCAGUGGCAGCUAAGCCAGUGCUACCCAGAAAGCCAGCUGUUCCCCCCAGAGCGGGCCCAUCUGAGGCCGAGGCCGAGGCCGAGGCCGGGCAGCAGAAGCAGCAGAAGCAGCAGCAGCAGAUCCAAGCCAUGGACGAGCUGGACAUCCUACAGUACAUCCGGGACCACGACGCGCCUGGCCAGGCCGCUCCCAGCCUCUUCUGACCCUCCCUCCCUCCCCUGUGCUGGCCCUGGGCCGGCAGCCCCUCUCCGGUGGGGGGGCCUGUGUGAGGUGGGGACUGUGCCUUGCAGGCCAGGACCCUUACUCUUGAGGGAGGGAGGGUGGAAGCCCAGGUCACAGGACCCCUGUCCUACCUUAUUUCUUUAUCUCUGGCCUUUGGGGUCAUGGAACCCUCUAGGGUGCAGAGAGAAGGUCACCAUAGGAAUUGAGCCCAGUUGUCUUAGCCACAUGCAUGUGGAAUAGAGAGCAUGUGGGGCCCCCAGGAUGGACUGAGACUUGGGGAACCCAGGGAAGCCCUGCUCAGGGCAGGGAAACUUUGUGUCUACUUGUGCCCACCUUCUCUGCCGCCUCAGCACAGGAGGGAGGGUGUGCCAACCUGGGUGGGGUUGGGGGGACCAGAGCCUCUGGGCAGCAUGGCUCCUGGGCCUGUGGGCUCUGGGAAGGUCCCCCAGGAGAGGGAUGCCGAGUGGGUCCCUGGGAGAGCUGGCUGGGUGGGGUGUCCCCGAGUCGCCUCUGAGUACCAGGUGCUAAGCAGGGUACUUUCCCGUGUGCCCAUUCUCUGGGAUAUGGAUGGCCUAACAAGCCCAGGUCUUCCUUUCUUCCUUUCCCAGGAAAGACCUGGCCAGACCAUGGCCCCCUUGGGCCUCUGGCCAUAGAGCCUGUGCCAGCCCCACAGCUCUGAGCAGUGACCCCAGUACCUGCAGAGCUCUGCGCGGCCCUGGGCCUGGCGAGUUCCUCCUGUGCAGAGUGGGCUCGGGCAGAAUGUGCCCCAGCUGCUGCUCCGAGGGCCUAGUCUGUCCAGCGGCAGGUGCUGCCAGGCCUUCCCUGUCCUCGGGGUCUGGACUUGCUCACCCGCCUUCACAGUGGGAGCCGCUUUCCCAGGGAGAAGGAGCCUAGUGCCCACAGGGCCAGUGCCUUAGACUUCUCCUGGACCCCACGCCCAGCACACAGUCCUGGCCUGGUGUGGCGCUCAGGAAAUUCUCAGUGAGUAAAUGAUGUUUAAUAGAGAAAAAAAAUGCCUUCUUAUGAUACAUUCUUCAUGUUCAGACCUAGUUUUAAUGAAACACAAGUUUUUUAUGAAAUGCAACCACUCUUACCCUUUGGCUUGUCCUGUCUGACAGAGGCAUUGGAAGGGGCUUUAGGACAAGUAAACAACCCUGAGAGAGGCCCCCUGCCCUGGGGCCAGGCGCUUGCUGCCAUCAGAGCCUCUAGACCCCAUCCCUGCCUUGUGCCAGGACCCAUGGGUGGUAGGAGCGCUUCGUCUGAUCUGUUGUGCCUCUCACUCCCCCUCGUCAGCUGUCCAGUCCUGAAAAGGCUAUCCCUACCCCCCACCCGUGCCAGAGUGAGGGGAAACAGGCAGUUCUGGGGUCUGAGAUCUGAAUUCCUCUUUGCCUUACCCAGGCUCCCAGGGCCCUGUCUCCCAUGCCCUGAGCUGGCCCUGGGACAGCCUCAGCCCCGGCUGCUAGCAUGCCACUCCUGUUCACUGCCAGGCCUUCCCGCCCCACGCAGCCCCGCGUGCUCCCUCACAGAGUGUAGGUGAUGGGCUAGCUCUGCCUGGGCUCUUUCCUGCCCCGUUCUCAACUCUGCACCCAUCCCAGCUCCCUGCCCGUCCCUUACUGCCUCCCACCACCACUACCUCCCACCAACGUGUAAUGUGGGAGCAGAGGGCGCAGCUGGCAGGUGCCCAGUGCCCAUGGUGGGCUGGCCCUCUGGUGGGGGUCAUAGACAGAACCUGCCACUCUGGCAUGAGUUCAUCCACUGUGACCCAGCCUCCUCGGUGGCCUGGUGCUCUCUGGACACCUCAGCGAAAUGUGUGCCUCCCAGAUACUGAUGCUCAAACCGCGGCUGGUUUUCACCACAAGUCUGUAACCUGCUGGCGAAUCACUGGCACCCAGUCAUGCAAUAAAGUCCACGUCAGUGACUUAUUCCAGCA